UGUGUGGCUGCAGAGCUGCAGUGAGGCCUCCCUCCUCCUCGCCGCUGCUCCGAGCUCCAGUUCCACCGGACUACAUGAGGACUGGACCUGCUUCCGUUCAGGAUCAACCACGCUGGAACCGUGUGAAAUGACAUCCGAUCAUCUUCGGCGAGUACGAAACGUUCAACAAGUACAGCUGAAGUCAGACGUGACCUUCCUGGCUCUACUGAAGAUGGCUGCAGCGAAGAGCUCACCCUCACUGCCUACUUCACUGACUACAUUCCUCAAAACAUCCAGCGGGGGUGGAACAGACUCAUACAGUCGGUUCAACAGUCCGCCACCGAGGGAGCAGCAGCAGGGUCCGGCCGAGGAAACAUGUCUUCACACGUCCCAGAGGCGCUCUGGCUGCUCCUGGCCGUCCUCCAGUCGACGGUGUCCCAGGACUGCUCCCAGACCUGCUCCUGCCCCGCCGACCCCCCUCGCUGCCCUGUGGGAACCAGCCUGGUGCUGGACGGCUGCGGCUGCUGUAAAGUGUGCGCCCGGCAGCUGAGGGAGCCCUGCUCCCUGCUGGAGCCCUGCGAUCACCACAAGGACCUCUACUGCGACUACACCCUGCUGAGCGACACCCAGACCGGCGUCUGCAUGGCUCAGGACGGCCAGCCGUGUGUCCUCGGCAGGCGGACGUACGGCAGCGGCGAGUCCUUCCGGCCCACCUGCAAACACCAGUGUGUGUGUAUGAACGGGGAGAUCGGCUGUGUGCCCACGUGUCCCACCAAGGCCCGGCCGCCGUCCCCGGACUGUCCGUACCCACGGCCGGUCCACAUCCCCGGGAAGUGCUGCGAGGACUGGGUCUGUCACCAAACCCCCCCAGAACGCCACUACCAGGCCGUCAGCGCAGGAGUGUCUCAUGUCCGUCCCUUGGUGCCCCAGUCGUCUCCUCCUGGACUUCCAGCUGAGAGUCCCAGAGAGAACUGCAUCGUCCAGACCACGGCGUGGAGCGAGUGUUCGGCCAGCUGCGGCAUGGGCAUCUCGUCCCGCGUCACCAACGACAACCGGCGCUGCCAGCUGGAGCGGCAGACCAGGAUCUGCAUGGUGCGACCCUGCAGCAGCCAGCAGGAGAGGGACAUCCGGAAAGGAAAGAAAUGCAUCCGGACUCCCAGAGCCCAACUCUGGAUGCGCUUCAGACUGUCGGGCUGCUCCAGCAGCAGGCUGUACCGACCCAGGUUCUGUGGCGUGUGCACGGACGGGCGCUGCUGCACGCCGUCCACCAGCGUCACGGCCAGCGUGGAGUUCCGGUGUCCCGAGGGAGACGUGUUCACCAGGAAGAUGAUGUUCAUCAAGACCUGCUCCUGCCAUCACCACUGCCAGCAGGACAACGACAUCUUUCUGGCGUCCAGCGCCCGGAGGAUGAGCGGGGACUACGACAGCACCCUGUGA